AUGAUGAAACUGGAAGCGGAGCAGGGCAUGGCGAACAACACCACCUCUAUCACAGCCAGAGAGAGAAAAGAAAUGCCUGAAAAUGAAGAGAUCGAGGAUGUUGUUAAGCACAGCUCCUCUACUGACAUCUCUUCAUCGCGAGAGGUCCAAGCAGUGAGAUCAGAUAUUGAUUGCAUAUAUGCAGUCAAAACCUUUUGUUGUGGAUCAAAUCCAACCGGCAAGAUUCACCGAGAGCGUAUCAUUACUGCAUUUGAUAUAUCAUCUUCUUUGGAUCACCACAACAUUGUUCGAAACUUCGACUUAUAUGAGCUCAGCAACGGCGAUCUUUGCGAAUCUGUCGAGCACUGCUCCGGUGGCGACCUAUACUCCUUGAUCACCGCAUCACGUCAUCUUGAACAGAGCGAAGCCGACUGCUUUUUCAAACAGCUCAUGCACGGCAUCCAUUACAUGCACAAAAUGGAGAUUGCUCAUUGCGACUUGACGCCGGAAAAUCUCCUUUUAACCUCCCAUGGAUGUCUUAAGAUUUCCAACUUCACAAACGCUGAAUCUUUCCACCUUGGUAAGGUGGAAAAAGCAACUCUGCCGAAGAAAAGUCGUUACCCCAACCCCUAUGUUCCACCCGAACGUUAUCUCGGCAGUGAAUUUGACCCUGCAGCUGUGGACAUCUGGGCUGCUGCUAUGAUCUACAUCGCGAUGAGGACGGGUAGAAUCCCAUGGAAGAUGGCGAAUGACAAGGACGAAUGCUUCAGAGACUAUAUUACAGACCGCAGGAUUGGACGAGGAUACUUCUUCAUUGAGGACAUAUGCAAUAUCGCUAGCCGAAGAGUCUUGUAUUCAAUGCUGGAGACCGACUACGCGCAUCGCGCUCGAUCAACUGAGAUACUUUGCUCUCAAUGGCUCAUGGAUAUCAAAACCUGCACAGCCGCUGGACAAGUGUAG